AAAACAUUUACCCAAACAGAUCUUGCCUCACCUCUUCUCACCUCUUCCAAACAUUCUUCUCUUUCAAAACACCUCAAAACCAAAACCCUAGAAUACUCCCAGCGACCUCCAGCGAAACCUCCAUGCAGACCUGCAUCUUCUUCCCCAAUCGACCACCUCCAUAGCCGAUCAGCAUCUUCUUCCCCAAUCGACCUCUAAAACAAAAACUCCAAACCCUAGCUUGGUUCUCCAGCCGUCACCUGCUCCACCCCCACCUCCAGUCGACCUCCACCUCCCGCCGCACCUCCACCUCCGGCGACCUCCACCUCCAGUCGAUCUUCACAGUUUAUUCAUAAAUUGUAAGGAGGACAAGCAGAAGAUUUAAAGGUCGAAACAAAGAGGCAGAGUAGCUAUGGGUUAUGCUCAGUUAGUAAUUGGUCCUGCUGGAAGUGGAAAGUCUACUUAUUGCUCAAGUUUGUACCAACACUGUGAAACUACUCGGCGAACAAUUCAUAUCGUUAACCUCGAUCCUGCUGCAGAAAACUUUGAUUAUCCUGUUGCCAUGGAUAUCCGUGAACUUAUAUCUUUGGAUGAUGUUAUGGAAGAGCUUGGACUUGGUCCAAACGGAGGUCUUUUGUAUUGCAUGGAACAUCUUGAAGAAAAUCUGGACGAGUGGUUAAACGAAGAGCUGGAAAAUUUUAUGGAAGAUGAUUAUCUAGUAUUUGACUGCCCAGGUCAGAUAGAACUCUUUUCUCAUGUUCCGGUUCUUAAAAAUUUUGUGGAGCAUUUGCAGCGUAAGAAUUUCAAUGUUUGUGCUGUCUACUUGCUUGAUUCCCAGUUUAUUACGGAUGUGACGAAGUUUAUUAGUGGUUGUAUGGCUUCACUCUCCGCAAUGGUUCAACUUGAAUUACCUCAUGUUAACAUCCUCUCGAAAAUGGACCUCGUGACUCGAAAAAGAGACAUCGAAGAUUACUUGAACCCAGAGCCUCAGACUCUGCUGGCAGAACUGAAUCAGCGCAUGGGUCCUCAAUUUCAAAAGCUUAAUAAAGCCUUAAUUGAAUUGGUGGAUCAGUAUAGCAUGGUGAGUUUUGUGCCACUUGAUUUAAGGAAAGAAAGCAGCAUACAAUAUGUUCUUUCACAAAUUGAUACCUGCAUUCAAUUCGGAGAAGAUGCUGAUGUGAAGAUUAAGGAUUUUGACGAAGAUGAAGAUGAGGACUAGAAUGCGUGUCAUCUUUUAAGGUUCAUCACAACUGAUUCGUGUCCUUUUGGCAUAAUUGAAUGAUGAUGUCUAUACUUACCAGUAAUAUGACCGAUUUGUGUUUUUUUUCGUUAACUGUUGAAGCACUUUUCUGACAACAUGCAAUUAGAGUUGUUGGAUGCUUCUUGAAAUUGAUCAUUUAUGACGGGUUUAAAUGCUCUAAUCCCCCGUUACAAGCUAACGACUACAAUUAUUGUUAA